GAGGAGGAGGAGGAGGAAUGAAAAGGAAAGAGAGGCUGCAGAAAGCUGUGUGUGGAACCUGAACCAAAGAGGAGAUGAUAAACAACAACAACAACACUGUCUCUCAGCCUGACUCUGACCGCUGCGGCUCCCUGACUCUCUCAGUCUGAACCGACGCGUUUCUGCUUCCUGUUUUUUCUUUUUCUUUCCUGAACUCAGACAAGUUGUUGGGAACUUUUUUUAACCGGAGUUGUCGCUGGAGUUUUGUUUUCCAGUCUGACCUGCAUUGCAACCAAACCCUCAUUGCUGCUGCUGCUCCUUCUUCUUCUUCUUCUUCUUCUUCUGCUGCUGCUGCUGCUGCUGGAGGAGAAAACCCACAUCCACAAGGCCGGAGAGAGUCUGUGGAGGGAACCAUGGAGAUCCUGGACAGUAGUGAAUCGUUCCUACACUGGGACAGGAACCUCAGCGAGCUGUCUGAGGCCGGGGAGAUCGACUCGGUGCUCUACACCAAUCACUUCUCCGAGCUCCUCGACGACCUGUCCCAGGAUGCUUUGCUGGGCCAGCUGCUCAGCGACCCCUUCCUCUCCGGGGUGAGGGGCGGAGUGGAGGCCAUGGAGGGCGAGGACGGAGCGGACCUGUCCCCGUCCUCCCCUCUGCCCCCUCACAUCACCGCCGAGCACAGCUACUCGCUCUGCGGGGACAGCCGGCCACAGUCGCCCCUGUCGCACCUGACCGGAGAGCAAGGCAGUGACGCAGCAGAGUCUGAUGGGGAUUCGGCCGAGUGGCCCAUGGAGCAGGAGGAAGUUAUUGAAGGCCUCCUGUGCGAGACCCCCUCCCUCCUCCCCACCCUCUCCCUGUCUCUGGCCUCUAGCGAGGGGGCCCAAGCACCUGAGCGCCCUGCCGUGGCCCCCGCCGCCACCCCAGCUCAGACCGCAGUCACCAGCCAACACCAGGGCAAAGGCAUCAAGAUAAAAGAGGAGAAUAUCAUCCCUCAGAUUAAACUGGAGCCUCAUGAAGUGGAUCAGUUUCUCAAUCUUUCACCCAAAGGUCUGGAGUCUCUGCAGAUGCCUCCCACUCCUCCCAGUUCCCACGGCAGUGACUCGGAGGGCAGCCAGAGCCCCGUCCACGCCACGCCCGGCCUCUCCUGCCCCACCUCCCCCACCAGCCCCUCCCCAUCCCAGGCCAGCCUGAAGGUGUCGCCCCGCGCCGCCUCCUCCCUGUCCAACUCCCCCCUGCUCACCGCUCCUCACAAGCUGCAGGGCUCAGGGCCGCUGAUCCUGACCGAGGAGGAGCGUCGCACCCUGGUGGCCGAAGGUUACCCCGUUCCCACCAAGCUGCCGCUCACCAAGGCCGAGGAGAAGGCGCUGAAGAAGAUCCGCAGGAAAAUCAAGAACAAGAUUUCAGCUCAGGAGAGUCGCAGGAAGAAGAAGGAGUACAUGGACGCUCUGGAGAAGAAGGUGGAGACCUGCUCCAACGAAAACAACGAACUACGCAGGAAAGUGGAAACUCUGGAGUGCACAAACAAGUCUCUGCUGCAGCAGCUGCAGUCUCUGCAGGCGGUGGUGGCAGGCAAAGUCCCCAAGUCCUGCAGGGUGGCUGGCACCCAGACAUCAUCAUGCCUAAUGGUGGUCGUGUUGUGUUUUGCUCUGUUUCUGGGGAGUUUCUACCCCAGCAGUCUGACUCCCUGCUCCACCAUCACUGAAACAGGCCUCACUUCCAAACAGCUGGCUGUCAAAGAGUCCUACACAACCACAGUGAAGUCGAGGAGUCUGUUAUCGACCUUCGAAGACGAGCAACCACACCUGCUCGGGCUGGGCGGCGAAUAUCCCGAGCAAUGGGAGGACACGCCAGCCGUCGUCAUGGCAGCGUGGCGUCACUCAGAGCAGCAGAAGCUGGGGGUGGAGCCUAGCAGGGUGGAAACACACCCACCUUUCAGGAAUAAAAACAACGACACGCAGUCGCCAAAAAACCUGCUGCUGGACCUGCACAGGUCUCUGGAGCAGAGGGCGAACGAGAGCAGUAGUAAAGUGAUAGAGCUGGAGCGAACGGUCAACGAGACCUCCUGAGGUCGAUGUCAACAUCUCCCCCACCUGACCCCCUUUACACCCCGUGAUGACCUUUGACCUUCCCCCCUCUAGAGCAUGGUUCAGUGUCCUGGAGCAAACCUCAUACAGUAGUUUCCACUGCUGAUUGUUUAAGGUCAUUUUUUUCUGCCAUCUCUGCUCAAUCAGAUACACUGUAAUAGUAAUCAUUAAUAUUAUUAAUAAUAAUGAUAAUAAUAAUAAUAAUAAUAAUAAAGGGGCACCGGUUGCCUUAAUUUCUGAAGUAAAAGUUGCACUGAAUAGUUUUUACAUGAGUCAACAUACCAGUUUUUAUAGUUGUCUUAAUUGACCCGGCUUGAAACACUGUUAAAAAAUCACAUUCAGAUAAAUUCAAACAGAUCUAGUGAAAAUUUAAUUCCAGUGGACAGUGUCUUAAAAUAUGACGUGAGGCUUUUUACAGGACACUGACGAGGACCUCUGUAUUUAUAGAAACCUUUUUUUUUGUUGUCGUUUUUCAAAGAUUUAUUUCUCUUUGUAGUUGUAUUUCUUUUUAUUAUUAAAUGUUUAUAUUCAAUUCCAUUAAUGCAUACAUCACAUUUUGAUACUUUUUUUUCGUGUUCAUACUGUAUUUUGUGAUUUUAUUUUAUUGUACUCUUUUAUGUAUUGUUCAUAUGUCUUUGUCUGACUCGAGGGCUUAGCUCUGGGUUCAUGCGCUUAUGUGGAAAAAAUCUGAGAAGUUUCUAAAUAUUUUGAGAUGUUUAAUGCAGUUGAAAGACCAAAUGUCAUUUCAUUUAUAUAAAGACACCUGUAGACAUUUUAUUUGGGACGUUUACGUGGGGGCUUAUCAGUCGGCAGCUUCAGUAAGUCUUUAUUCUUUUCCUUUGACACGUGCGGACCAUGCUAACGACUUCUGAGGAGUCAAAUCAAAAUUUGAGCCUUUUUUUUUUUUUUCUUCUGCAAAAUAAUUUGAAUUUUGGUCAUUAAACGCAUCUUAAGGAACCACAUUUUUCAGGUUGCUCUUACAGAUGUUGGAUGAGAGCAGCCAAGUAGCAAAACAGCACGUCAAAAUAACUAUCAUGCAUCCCACGAUGUUUCCUUUGCUUUAAGGAAUUGUUCAACUCUUUUUGGAAAAAUUUGCUUAUUUGCUCUCAUGUCUGAAUCAUGAAUAUGAAGCUGCAGCUAGCCGCUAGCAGCUAGCCGCUAGCAGCUGGCCGCUAGCAGCAGGCCGCUAGCAGCUAGCAGCAAGCCGCUAGCAGCUAGCCGCUAGCAGCUAGCUCUGUCCAAAGCUGAGAAAAAUCUAGCUGCUUCCAGUCUUGUAAAUUCACUAAACAGACAUUACACUUGUUGUAACAAAGCAAGUGAGAGUUUCCCAAUAUGUCGGAACUAUUCCUUUAAAUAAGAAGUGUCUGAAUGCGUGACGGAGCCACAGAUUUCACCUCCUGCACUAACUCUUUCUGACCUUUUAUUCCUCACUUUGCACACUUCCACUGUCAAAGUCUUUAUCUGCUACUUUUUCAGCAUUUGCCAAAAAAAUAAUUUCUUCCCAGAAAUUAAAAAAAAAAAAAAAAGUAUCUAUUUUUGUAAAUAUGUGUUGUUAAUAAAUAAGGAAGUCUAAAUGUGUCUGGGAUCUGUAGUUUAUAAAUAAAUUCAUAAUUCAUUCCCAGUCUAUUUUGGAUGCUGUGUUGUUGAUAAAUUAUGAACGUAAAGAGGCCGCAGGGUUUGGUUGGGUUUUGAGUUUGAUGAUUUACAGAGUCACGGCUUUGAAAGUCUUAAGUGUUCAUUACAGAUACAUUUCUGAGCUUUAUUGGAAUCAUGUUCGUUUAUGUGUGUUACAGACCAAACUAGACACGAGGCCAGUUCACUUUCCAUGUUGUAAAUACGAACAGUCGCCCCAUUUUAUGAAAAUUCAGAAGCCCAGAAAUUCAACAAAGUGUGAGGGUGAAUCUGCCAACAAAACUGAUCCCAGCCCAGUUUAGAGACGAGAACACAAGAUUUGUAUGUCUAGUUCUUUGUAGAUCAGUGGCUAUAUUACUGUCAGAUCUGCCUUUUCUCUAUGGUAAAAUAAACUUUAUCAUUAUUAUGGUAUCUUAGUGUCGAGGAACCGACAUAUUCCUCACUGCAGAGUCUAACAAUUCUACAAGAGAGAUCAUAGGAAACGCAAGAUAUUUGAUUUUAUUUUGAAAUUUCCAUGAACAAUUCUCUUCUAGUGAAGUCUGAGACUAAAGCAGCCAGUGGAGAGCAUUUUUCCAGAGUCAGAUUUCAUUUCGAUGUUGCUUCUGUGUAAAGGCGGCCUGACUUUCUGGCUUUCUGUCUUUUUGCAUUCAAAUGAAUAAAGUAUUUUCCUUAGUAAAAGCAUA